ACGUACAAAUUAAAGAGAAGUUGUUUGAAACAUUGGUUUGAAAGUAAAAUUAAGCAGAUAUUUUUUAAAUCCCACUAAAAAAUAAAGAUAAAUUAUCCUAACAACUGAACAAAAUGUCAGAUUCUGAAGAAGAAACUUUUGACUUUAAGAAAUUCAAAGAAAUUAAAGAUGAAAUUGAAAGAUGCAAAACGAAUCCAGAAACCUCUGGGAUGUUUGUAUCAGGAUGGGACGAUGCUGAUCAAGACGUAGAUGUUGUUGAGAACCCGAAAGCUAACCCAAUUGACCAUGUACUCUGGGCUGCUGAGAAUGGGGAAAUUGAAACCCUCAAACAAUUAUUAACUAGUCAGCCUGGCCUUGUACAUGCUCGUGAUUCUGAUGGAUAUACACCUCUUCACCGUGCUGCUUAUGGCAAUCACAUUUCAGCAAUAUCAUUGUUGUUGAGUCUUGGUGCAAAUAUACAUACAAGAACUGAACUUGGCUGGACCCCAUUGCAUUCAGCUUGUAAUUGGAAUAAUUAUAGAGUUGCUGCCAGACUUUUAGCUGCAGGGGCUGACAUAAGUGCAGUUUCAGAUGGAGAACAAACACCAUUGCAUUUAGCUGCUGCUAUCAGUCAUUGUAAAUCAACAUUAGUUGUUUUGCUUCUUCGAGAAGACACUACAGACAUUGCGGAAAAACCCAAUAACUCAGGAGAAAGUCCCAAGCAACUUGCUCUUAGGCACGGAAUAUAUAGUCCAAUAUUUGAGAUGGUUCUGCCAGCUAUAUCAUUUAUACGUUCUAUAUCAUUUACAUCCAAUCCCUAUGUCAAAGAACAAAAUGAAGAUAAAAUGUAAUUGAA